GGUUAGCCAUGAUCUUUCAUAUCUGAUAGUUGUAAUAAUUGAAGAUGUAUGUAGAUUGUAGUCAAUGGGGUUACUCUCAGUCGAACUCUCCCAUACAUGCAGGCCUUGUGUAAGUUCUUAAUUUCUCAUUUUGCCAAUUGAAUACAUCAUUCUCAUUAUUCUGACAGGAGCUAAGUCAUGUGCUGCAUUUUCUUAUCAUGCUAAUGGACGAGAAUAUGGCAUUAUUUGUUUUGGAUUACCAUGUUGAAGGGAGAUGCCAUUAUUUUUUUUGGUUCAGCCUAAUUCUUUCUCAGCAUUUAUCCAUUUUGAAGGAUGGCCGACUGCUAGGACAGAAAAGCAGCAGCCUUUUGGUCAUCAUCUUCCAUCUCUUUCCCCAUUUCUAACUGACUGUGAACUUCAUGUCCCUAGUCUACCCCGGUGACUUCACACAUUUGCUGGCCAGUAAAGCAUUUGACAAUUCAUUCAGUUUGUGGGAUAUUAGAAGGUAUUAUCUUUCCUCUUCUCUUUCUUGCAGUAUUCAUUUCAUUGGCCUCUGUAGUUAAACAUUAUAUUGUAAAAGUUCGUAUAUUGGAUUAACUGCUCAUAUAGACUUAGAAUUCAGUCUCUUUCACAUCUUCUAAAGUAGUUGUCCAUUAAUUGAUUUUACUGUUAAAUUAAAUUAGUAUUUGACAGAUGUAUGCAUAUACAUCACUAAAACCUGCAAGCACAUGAUGAAGAAGGUUGCUAGUGCCAUAUUAUUAUUGUGAUACUGAUUUAUUCAUGAUGGAGUGUGGUUGUGAUGAUUACAGAAGUAAUUCUUGGUAUCAGUUAUUAUCAGUAACUUAAAUCUUGAUGGAUUUGGCAUGAGACUCUUUCUGCUUCCAUUUUUCUAGGUUAGGUUCUUUGCGGCAGUUGUACAUAAGAUUUGAAACACACACACACUAAACAAAAAGCUUUUCUCUUUUUUUUUGGAAAAAUAGUUGCCAAAUUUAUUCAGAGUGCUUACUCUCUGGCGAUUUGUCUGCUGAUUAUCGCCAUUUGGGUCUGAUUUUACAUCAUUGCUGAUUUUAGGCAGAAACCCAACUGUGGUUUUAAGGUUUUAACUUUUAACCAUAGUGCCUGCAUUAUGGCCUGUGGUUAAAGAACUAAAACCAAUAUAGAUGGACCCUGUUCUUAUUUUGUACAUGUGUAUGUAUAAGGGGCCCCUACAGUCUUCAGUAUCUGUUCUUAGGAUAAUUUAAGGUUUUGCUUCAACUAGAUGCUAACGGUUUGUUCA